AUGUAUACGAUUAACCUGGAUACCUGGAUCAGAGAUGAUCGCGGCAAUGUGAAUGAUGCGAUCGAUUUCGUGAUGCUGAACUUCAGCGAGAUGAACAAACUGUGGGUGAGAAUGCAACAUCAAGGACCGAGUAAAGAACGGGAUAAACGUGAGGUGGAACGGCGUGAGUUGAGGAUUUUGGUUGGGACGAACCUGGUGAGAUUGUCGCAGUUGGAGAAUUUAACAGUGGAGAUGUAUAGGAAGGUUGUUCUACCGGGUAUCCUGGAGCAGUCAGUAUCGUGUAAGGAUGCGAUCUCACAA